GCUGGGCCAAGAGCUUUUCCUAUUUUACGCUUGCUACAAAACUGGGCCGAGCCCAAAUGCAGCCGUACUAUUUUGUCUCCGCGAGAGAGACAGAGAGGAAACCUACCCUCACUCCGCCGCCGUCACUGCCACAACUCCACCCCAACUCCGCGCGCGCGCGAGAGAGAGGAUCGAGAGCCGCCACCCGGGUCCGGCGUCCGCAGCCGGAUCGCCGCCUCUCCUCCCGGCCGAGGUCGCCACCACUCGUCUGAGGCGGAUCGGGAACUCCCAGCCCGCGACCAUGGCGGAGGCUGCAGGGCCGACGCCUCUCCUCCACGGCCUCCCGGACGAGAUCUCCAUCUGGGAGAUCCUCGUCCGCCUGCCCCCGAAACCCCUCCUCCGCUGCCGCGCCGUUUGCCGCGCCUGGCGCCGCGCCGCCUCCGCCCGCGACUUCCUCCUCGCCCACCACGCCCGCCAGCCCUCCCUCCCCCUCCUCUUCGUCGACACCGACGACCAGUCCUCCAUAGACAUCAUCACAUGCGACCAACGCGCAGCCGACGAGCUCCACUCCGUCGCCCGGCUUGACGCCCCCUCCGGCGUCUCUCUCAGGGCCUGCUGUGACGGCCUCCUCCUCUUACGCACCUGGAAUAAGGGUGUCCCAUCUCUCUCCAUCUGCAACCCGGUCACUCGUCAAUACGCUCCCCUUCACCGGCUUGAUGACUUCAGGCUCUUGGGGAUGUACCCACACAGCCCUACGGGCCAGUACCGACUACUGCUGUACCUGGCCCCGAGGUUCGAGGACGAUGCUCAAAGAGGUUCCUACGUCUUCACAUUGGGCUCCGGCCAGCAGCCGAGGCACAUAGCAGGCCCUGAUGCCAAGGAACUGUUGUAUUUCCGCGGAUCUACCCUUUUCCGUGGUAGCCUGCAUUGGCACACGGACGGGCUGAUAAUGGUAUUUGACACCACCGCGGAGUCGUUCCGUCAGAUGCACUCUCCAAUUGUUUCUGACCACCGCAGUGGCGACCUGUUUGAGACGAGUGAUAUGCUUGGCAUGUUCAGUCUGAAUGCACAAGCUACAAUUGUUGAUAUCUGGGUGAUGCAGGACUAUGAAGGUGAAGUCUGGGCCUUUAAACGCCGGGUUGCAUUGCCGAUUGCAGAGAUCAUGGUGCAAUUUCAAAAUUCUGGAGAUUGUUGGGAGCUAAUGCCUGCAUCUUGUCAUGGUGAUGUGCUCCUGCUGGCCAAAUUUGACGACGACUGGCUACUUCAGAUUGGCAUUGAUGGCAAGUUGGUUGCUAGUCUCCACCGCAGUUUCCUCCGUCCUACUCGACUUCGGCUCAAACAGUCUCUAGUUUCACAUAACUUGUUUCUGGCAUUAGAGGGUUAUGUUAUCAAUUCUUCGCCUUUCAUCUGACCGAAGGCUGUUGAGUGCGGUGGUGCUUCUUAAUGGCCUAGCUCUCCGUAUCCACAUGAGCUGCAGUCCCAGAUUGCAUUUUGCUGUUGCAUUGUUUGUGAUCAUCUCUACCAUGAUCUCAGGUCCCAGAUUGUGUUCUCCUUGAGACAAUGCUUUGUCAAUUUUGCAAUGCUCUGCUGCACAUUGCCGCUGGGCUUGGAAGAGGGUAUGAAUUCUUUUUCACCCCCUCUUGUAAUUUGUCCUGCGUUGUGUUUCUGGGACAGUUUGUAGCGCAAAAAUGCUAUUAAUAAGAACUUAAGGGUUGUGCUUUGCCUAUAAAAAUCUGGGACACCAUUUGUAGUUGCCGCUGCUAGAUGGGUUUGGUAGGUUCAGAUGCCCACCUGUUUUAGCCGGGUAGGUGCAGUGCUUCUACAGUUAUAUUACUGUAUUAUGUUAAGAGUGCAUUGAUUGGAUCAUACUAUGAAAUGGAAGAGAAAGAAAUUGGACA